AACAUAGAAGAUAUAUAACGAAAAAUACAUUUUGACAGUCAUAUGCAGAUUAAAGAUGUCGACAAGAUUCCUAAUUUCUUUGGUGCUUUGUGCCGCAACGAUUUACGUACUUCCGGAAGGCAGAAUUGUCAAAAGACAGGUAACUCAUACGUUCAAAAAUAAACAAUACUACGUCGAAACUCUGGUCAAGGCAAACUUCCAUAAUGCAUUCAUGUUUUGUCAACGGUUGGGAAUGCAACUGCUCACAAUUGAUUCCAACGACGAAUAUGACUACAUCUUUAACACAAUUAAAUCUGAGUUUAAUUUUGGACGAGACUCGAAACUGUGGACUUCCGGAACGGACUUGGGACAUGAAGGGAAAUUUCACUGGCUUUCCACAGGAUUUUCGAUGAAAAUAAAUAAAUGGUUGUCAGGACAACCGGAUAAUGACCAUGGUAGAGGUGAACAUUGCGUCGAGUUCUGGAACAACAAAGGAUCAAUCGGGUUAAACGAUGAUAGAUGCCACAUUACAAAUUAUUUCAUCUGUGAAAAACGGACAUAAUCUAAAAUAAACUUAU